AUGCUGUGGUUGACGAAGACCCUGCAGCGGUGCCGAAGCUCGGAGAAGACGACCCGCUUCCCCAGGGUGUGGAUGCGGGCGCCGCAGCCCCUGGCGCAAGUCCAGCGCCUCUUGCCCCGGCAGCAGCUGUCCAGGCGGUACCAGUGCCCGCCCAUCUUCAGCAGGGGUCCGCCGUUAUCCACCAGGGGGUCCGAGCAAUCCACCGGGAUAAAAGCUGCGCGGACCGUAAACAAACUUCGCUGUAAA